ACUUCCGGGUUCGCGGGCCGCGCUUGUGCGGCGGCCCAGAUGGCUGUGACCUUUGGUGGCGGCCGUGACCCUUCUGGGGCGCGUUCUUCUCGGCGCUUAGCCAUGGCGCGGGCGGCGAGCCUCUGCCUUCUGCUGCUGCUGCUGCUCGGCCCAGCCCCGGGGCGCGGCGCCGGCUCUCUGCCCCUGAUCCUCAACACGUGGCCUUUCAGAAACGCAACCGUAGCAGCGUGGAGGACGUUACUAUCUGGAGGCUCUGCGCUGGACGCGGUGGAGAGCGGCUGUGCGGCGUGCGAGCGGGAGCAGUGUGACGGCACCGUGGGCUUCGGCGGCAGCCCCGACGAAUCCGGAGAGACCACCCUGGACGCCAUGAUCAUGGACGGCACUACCAUGAAUGUAGGAGCAGUAGGAGAUCUUAGACGAAUUAAAAAUGCCAUUGGUGUGGCACGAAAAGUACUGGAACAUACGACACACACACUGUUAGCAGGAGAGGCAGCCACCAAGUUUGCCGAAAGUAUGGGGUUUACCAAUGAGGAUUUAUCUACCGAUGCUUCUCGGGCUCUUCAUUCAGAUUGGCUUGCUCGGAAUUGCCAGCCCAAUUACUGGAGGAACGUUAUACCAGAUGCUUCAAAAUACUGUGGACCCUACAAACCACCUGGUAUCUUAAAGCAAGAUGGUUCCACCUACAAAGAAGCAGGAGAUAGUUAUGGUCAUGAUACUAUUGGCAUGGUUGUCAUCCAUAAGAUGGGACAUAUUGCUGCUGGUACAUCUACAAAUGGUAUAAAAUUCAAAAUACCUGGUCGGAUAGGAGACUCGCCCAUACCUGGAUCUGGGGCCUAUGCCGACCACACAGCGGGGGCCGCAGCAGCCACCGGGGACGGUGACGUACUCAUGCGCUUCCUCCCAAGCUACCAAGCCGUAGAGUAUAUGAGAAGAGGAGAAGACCCAACCACCGCGUGCCAGAAAGUGAUUUCAAGAAUCCAGAAGUAUUUUCCCAACUUCUUUGGGGCUCUGAUAUGUGCCAAUGUGACUGGGAGUUACGGUGCUGCUUGCAAUAAACUUUCAACAUUUACUCAGUUUCAUUUCAUGGUUUAUAAUCCUCUAAAAAGUGAGCCAACUGAGGAAAAAGUAGACUGCGUCUAAUCCAUCUUUCCUGUCAGCAUCUAUAUUUAAAGAAGAAAGAAACAGAAGCUGCAGAGACUACUCACUGUCAUCGUAUGUGCCUCAUGUAGUCUAAAUUCUGUGUGUAAAAGAAGCACAAAAAUAAAUUUUAUGCUGAACAGCA